CAUCUGUGCCGGGUGUAACGUGGUGCGGCCGUGGGGAGCCUGCGUCACGGGCGCGCUGGGUGGAGCAGUGUUCCUCGCUAUCCACUCUCUGCUGCCCAAACUGAAGGUUGACGACCCACUUGAUGCUGUGGCUGUACACAUGGGAGGUGGGUUGUGGGGGCUGGUUGCUGUGGCCCUCUUCCAGGAUGGUGGCAUUGUGUACGGGGGCAGCGCGGAGGUCCUCGCCUGGAACAUAGUGGGGGCGCUGGCCAUAGUGGCCUGGUCUGGUGGUCUUUGUUUGCUUAUGUUUGGUUCCCUCAGGCUGCUCGGCGUCUUGAGGGUGCCUCCAGAAAUGGAAAUUGCAGGAAUGGACAUCUUGAAGCACGGGGAGCCAGCCUACCCGGCUGAAGCUUGGCUGGAGAGCCAGUACGAUGGCUCCGUCAAGGCUCAGGAGGAUAUCAACAGGAACACCUAUCUGCCACCCAACAUGUCUGCCCCGUGGAAAUCCGGCUGGAGACUCCCGGCGCCGUACCCAACACACCUGGUACAGUGGAAGGUGUCCGAGGCGCGAGCACCUCACGGUAACGCUCCCCAUCUCACAUACAACCUCACUCAACCCAUCCACAACGCAAGUGAAUUCCAUCCCAGUUAUGACAGGUCGAGCUAUGAUCUAGCGGGACGGCUGCGACACCAUAAUUAUGAAGAAACGAGAGGUUACCAAGGACCUACGACGGUGGCAUGAUGGUUGACACGCGUUAGGGGGGGGGGGUAGAAAUAGCCUAAGCUACUCUACCCCUUUGAGAUGUAUUUCUUUCUUGUCUCAAUAAACAUACUUGAACUUGGUUGACACGCGCCUAUCGCCCCUGUUCAUCCAGCAGUAAACGGGGAUUUGGCUGUACAUCGAUUGGAGGAUCUUGUUCUGGGGAAAAUAUGCUGGUCAAGCUUUAACAAGGUCCAUGAUGAGGAACAGUUCUUAGCUUGCAGAAAUGGUUAAAAACUUGGGUUCCUUCUCCUUUACACUCUAGAGGUAAUGAUGUAGGCUAACAGGCAGUAGGAUAACUCCAAGCAGAAAUUGUAUGCAAAGACAUUAACCGGUUUGGUCUUAUUGUGUUUGAUUUUAGUUAAGAAAGUUAUGGGCUCCGAGCUUGAAAUACAGUACAGUAGUCUAGAUGUAGGUACAUAAACAAUAUCUAAAGUUGAGCACUUCAUUUUAAAGCCCUUGUGUUCAAGUUGGUUCUACAAGUCCUAAAAUAUGUUUGGUUAUUCGCGCACGUUGCUUUAUUUAAAAAAUUCGUGAACUAUUAUGAUGAAUGCAUUUUGUUCCAGAGCGAGAGGACAGUAUUUCAACAUAAUAAAUGAGAUGUGAAUUGUUAUAAAUGGAUUAAUACAUUAACUGUUGUGUAAAUAACUUUGCAUUGAACAAGUUGUCAUAAUUCUAUUAACUGUCUGUUGUAUGCUUCGCGAGGUUUGAAAUAUUUUCGUCCAUGUCUAAUGAAGGUAACUGAGAGGACAGAUUGAUUGAUGAAGAUUAAGCCACCCAAAAGGUGGCACGGGCAUGAAUAGCCUUUAAGUGGUGGCCCUUUUAAGCCAUUACCAGUAUCAAGAGCUAAUACUGAAGAUCUGUGGAGGUGCGACUGCACCCAGCGUGACGGGAGAUGUCUCCCGGACCAAAUGGUGACCAGAUGGUGUGAGAGGACAGGCUCCAGAUGGAGUUGAGUAUGUCAACCAUACUCAGGAACACUCCAGUCAGAUUCACAUCCGGUAAAAAUGUCCAUUGCCUCAUCCACCACCCAGUGUUUAUCCACUUGAAUAGUUUUCUAGGAUUUCAUGUGUUGGAAUCCUUAGGAUUAAGCUUUUAAGUGCCUUGGAGAAGUCUAAUGACAGCACAUCAUCUGCCAAAAUUGUAUUCACGAAACUGGAAAGCAUUUCCAGUUAUGGGCUUUUUUUUUAUUAACACAUUUUAGUACAUCACAAUCGACUUGAGAAUGAUCCAGGACGGACCGAAAUGUCGUCGUCCCUUCAUCUUGUGGUCUGGUCAACAUACUUCAGCCACGUUAUUUUGACUCCUCGCCUGCAUAACAAAAUCUGAAUUUGUGCAGCUACCCUAGACUAUAUGAAGGGGAGUACAAUGUCAAAAACGCUUACGGGCUCUAUGUAGCUCACCAUAGCCGGUGCUACAUGGACACUUCGUUCUGAGUAGCUAAAUAUGAAACAACAACAACAACAUCAAAAACUAGCUGUGAGAUGCUAAAAAUCCCCAUCACACAGGAUGGUUAGUCAUACAGAGGCGGUUUGUUAGGGAUGUUUUGUUUUUUUCAGCGAAUCUGAAAUAUUAUAAUUAUUUUUAGACGCUUCUUAUUAAGGCAUCAAAGAAGGUAUAAAAUGAAGCCAUGAGAAUAAUCUUAGGAUGAACAAGAAAUGUUAUGAUUGA